UGGAAGUUUGACUGUGGCAGCGGACGGAUUGGCAGCUGUUAUGGUGACACACGUGGAGCUGCGGGAACAGCUGCAGGAGAUUCUGCAACCUUUUGGGUUUGAGGUUUAUCCCUUUCAGAUUGGCUGGUACAAUGCGGUGCUGGAUCAAGCCUUCCACCUCCCGUACCCAGGAGAUACUUUGGCUUUUGUUGUCCUUAGUGCCCCGUCGAUGUUUGAAAGGGCCUUCAAACCGUUCCUCUGUGACCACAAGCUGCAGAGCCUCCGGGAUCCUAUCGAUCAGUGUAUCUCCUACCACAUAUCCCUAGCAAAGGAGCGAUUUGCCUCCCGCGAGAUCGAUGUUAUCUACGACUACGAGCUCCAUCCCAACCGACGGCCCAAGGUUUUGAUGCAGACGGCGGCUCACGUGUCCGGCGCGACCUAUUAUUAUCAGCGCAAGGAUGUAACGGACGAUCCCUGGGGAGAAAAGAAGAUGUUUGGUGUCUGUAUACACCCCAGGUUCGGCGGCUGGUUUGCGAUCAGGGCUGUGUUGGUGUUCAAAGAGGUUCAGGCUCCGAACCUGGAGCAGAGCCUCCCUAUAGACUGCAUACCCUGCCGGGAAGAUAGGAUCCGGUUGCUGGAGGACUUUAACUUUCGUUGGAGAGAUGGCAAGUACCGCGAUGUGCUUCCAGCGGAGCAGCGAUACUCUGCAGAACAGACCCUUUACUUUGCGACUCCGCCAGCAGAGAGGCUUAAGCUGCUGGAGCUUUGGGGUACAAUUCAACCAAGUCCUCCCUGUUGACCCUGGGAAGGGCAGAUAGUUUUAAUAAAAUAGCAAGACUAUAAACUGACCCGUCGUUAAAACUGUAUCCCAUGUCAGUAACCUGUAAAGAUUCUAUAUCUAUUUAUUGAAAAUUGGAGGUAGUGAAACAUUUAGAGAGAGUGAGAGGGCCUACCACGAAUUUCGGUGCUGGGACCAGUUACAGUUACCCUCUGAUCACUCUGGCUCUGAAGGAAUUGAUGUCUAUUUAAGAUAAUAUAUUACUGUAUUUUAAUUGGUUUGCGGGGAUAAAAUAUUUUGGUACUCGGAAGGUAUUUUAUUUAUGGAUUAUUUUAGUUAUUUUAGUAAGCUUGGUUGAGCAGGGCCCCUUCUUACCUUUUUUGUUUCUGUCAAAUUAUAUUAUAAACUACUUCUGCCCUGUUUACCAAUUGUACAGCGCUUUGGAAUAUCAUGGUUUUAUGUUAUAAUAGUAAUAUUAUAAGGGGGGGGGGCACAUUGGGUUAUCAAACUGGUCUAUGGACCGCAAGUUAGUUCUUAGGAUGAAUAACCUAGAAGGUACGGUGUUUUGUUUUUUUUACGAGACAUAUUUAAGUUGCUCCAAAAAAAUGUAUUUUCAGAAUUACAAAGUGCAACCCAAGUGCUUUGUCUAGAAUGGUCAAACCGCGCCAAGUUUAAGAACCACCAAUUUCUGAUACUGUAAUGUAACCAACAUUAAUUGGUGCUGGAAGAAUAAAAUAUAUGUUUAUACAA